CGUGAUACUGUAAUGCGACUGAUAUUUUUUUGCAAUGUGAUUGUGGAAGGCAUUGGAUAUAAAUUAAAAAUUUCGUAUAUUUUCAAGAAGUAUUUUCAGAAUUCUUAUUUACCGUAAAAUUAUUUUACUUCUAUUUAUCUAUUUUAUCGUAAGAACGCACAGAGAUACAGUCAGAUCAUCUUUUUAUUGGAGCUGUUGCUUUUAUACUUACCAAGAUGUCGGUGAUACUCUUCUACAAUUUUGACAAGGAAAAGAUGUAUGUAUUGUCGUGAAAGCUUAUGUGAAAUUUAUAUGAGCUUACAGUCAUUUGAGUGUGUAAAUAUUUAUAGUUAGAAUAACGUUAAUAUGAAUCAACUAACCGAAGAAAAUAUUCAGAGUAUGAAGUGCAGUCAGAAGGGCACGAAUAUGAAAAACAAAAGUAAAAAGGCCAAAGAUCCUGAAAAUCCAGAUGAAAUAAGUAUAUCUAAUCAAGAGAAUUUAAGCGACUCUUUAGCCAAUACUCUUCAUAUAAAUAACAUCAAUAGAAACCUAACCAAUGGGACUAGUGAUUAUCCAAAUGGAAGCCCUGAGAGUCGGAAGCACGAAUCGGAAAGCCAAGAUGAUGUUCCAAUUGAAGUCAGUGAAGACGUGAACGAUGUAAAUAGUGUACAGUGUAGUGAUGGAACAUGUAACCGUGAAAGCAUAGACGCGCCUGCCCCCAUAGCAGACAGGUGUACUUUUGAUGAUGCGUUAGGAAGCCUCGAAAAUGUCAGUAAAGAGGAGCAACAGCCUGAUGAUGAAAUUGAAAUUAUUUCAUAUGAAUCUGAGCUUCAAAUGCCAGAGAUAAUGAGACUUAUACAAAAAGAUUUGUCAGAACCCUACUCCAUCUAUACAUAUAGAUAUUUUAUACAUAACUGGCCUAAGCUUUGCUUCUUGGCAACUCACGAAGGGAAGUGCAUUGGUGCCAUCGUUUGUAAGUUAGAUAUGCAUCGUAAUGUAGUGAAAAGAGGCUACAUUGCUAUGUUAGCCGUCGAUGAGAAAUAUAGGAAGAGGAAGAUUGGGUCUAGACUGGUUCGAAAAGCAAUACAGGCAAUGAUACACGACAGUGCGGAUGAAGUAGUUUUAGAAACGGAAAUCACAAAUAAACCAGCACUGAAGCUGUAUGAGAAUCUCGGCUUUGUUCGGGACAAACGCUUAUUUCGAUAUUAUCUUAAUGGUGUAGAUGCAUUACGGUUGAAGUUAUGGCUUAGGUGAAAUAAGUAGGUAUCUGAGAAAUUCUCAAUGUUGUGUUACAUACUUCUGGAGGCCAUGCUGUCUUAAGCAUAUUUAAAGCAGAUUACUCUUGUUAUAUGGUGUAACCUUCUAUUGCCAUCCAUGAGGAUUUAGCCAAAUGUAUAGUUUGUUUCAAUUAUUUUUAGUCAUGUGAUAUGUUUUAUUUAAUUUAUGUGUUGAAAUUGUUAAUGAAAAUAUUUUCACCAAUUCUUUUAUAUUUUGACUGUAAGAUUUUAAAGUGGUUAUUGUCCAAUCUAAAUACACAACUUUGAAGAAUUAUAUUGUA